AUGGCAAAACGUGUGAUGCUUGUGUUAAUGGUUGCAACGGAAGAACAUAUUACGAAGAAGAAUAAAUCAGAGGUCGAAGCAGCUGUUGGUGGGUUGAUUGCUGCGGUUCUGGUUGAUGUCGCCGUUCUUUCCGUUAUCAUCAUUCUCAAACGAAGAAACCAAAUACACUUGCAAAGGACACAACACACCAUCGAAGAAAGUGAUACACCUCAACCAGUUGUGUACGCUUCAGUGCAGGAAAAUAGCAAUAUGUUUGUAAAUAGUCAGCAAAGCGAGUCCGGUGAUGGAAAUCAGACACAACAACUUUGCACUACGUUUACAGAAAAUGGUAACAGCUUAUACGAAGAAAUAGUCAACAAUGCUGCAAACAACGAACGUGGUAUUGCAAAAAACGAUUCAGGACACGGAGUAUAUACAGAAACACAACAAGUUGAAUUGGUAAUGGAAGAGGAAAUUGAAGAUGAUUGUCUUGAAUAG